AUUCAUGUUUCUAGGGAUUUUCUUCCACGAGGCUCUGGGAUUGUAACAAGACGACCAUUGGUGUUGCAACUUGUCACUGCCAAAACAGAGUAUGCUGAAUUUCUACACUGUAAAGGAAGGAAGUUUACAGAUUUUGAUGAAGUUCGUCAGGAAAUUGAAGUAGAAACAGAUAGAAUAACAGGAGUGAACAAAGGGAUUUCUUCAAUUCCUAUUAACUUAAGAAUAUAUUCUCCACAUGUACUAAGCCUGACUCUUAUUGACUUGCCGGGAAUCACUAAAGUGCCAGUAGGAGAUCAGCCUCCAGAUAUUGAGCAACAGAUAAGAGACAUGAUAAUGCAGUUCAUCUCUCGAGAAAACUGUUUGAUAUUGGCUGUGACUCCAGCUAACACUGAUCUGGCCAACUCAGAUGCUCUGAAGUUAGCUAAAGAAGUAGACCCUCAAGGUCUUAGGACCAUUGGUGUGAUCACAAAAUUGGAUCUCAUGGAUGAAGGAACAGAUGCAAGAGACGUUCUAGAAAAUAAACUACUUCCUCUUCGUAGAGGUUACAUUGGUGUUGUGAACAGAAGCCAAAAGGACAUUGAUGGGAAGAAGGACAUAAAGGCAGCUCUUCUAGCAGAAAGAAAAUUCUUUCUUUCCCACCCAGCAUACAGGCACAUGGCAGAUCGGAUGGGAACGCCGUAUCUUCAGAAAGUUCUAAACCAGCAACUUACCAAUCAUAUUCGGGAUACCCUGCCAGCCUUCAGGAGCAAACUUCAGAGCCAGCUGCUUUCUAUAGAACACGAAGUAGAGGUAUACAAAAACUUCAGACCAGAAGAUCCAACCAGAAAAACAAAAGCCUUGUUGCAGAUGGUACAGCAGUUUUCAGUGGACUUUGAAAAAAGAAUUGAAGGAUCAGGAGAUCAGGUCGAUACACUAGAACUUUCAGGUGGUGCCAAAAUCAAUCGUAUUUUCCAUGAACGUUUCCCUUUCGAACUAGUGAAGAUGGAGUUCAAUGAGAAAGAGCUGCGGAGAGAAAUAAGUUAUGCCAUCAAGAACAUACAUGGUAUCAGGCAAGUGCUCCCCUGUUUUCAAGGCUGAUCACACUGCAGGUGUGGUUAUCUUAACCUGUGGACGUGCUGACUGUUGAUUGC